AUCAUGUUCGAUUCCGUACUUCCAGCAUCUAUCAUCUUGUCAUUAUUUUGAUUGGUAUUAAUAUAUUUGAAUCUUUAAGAAUUUUUUUAACUAAUCAUAUUUUCAUAAAUAAAAUUUGGAUCAGAUAAAACUUCGUGAUUUCGUUUGAUUGCAAUAUUCAUUUUUUGUAACCAAAUAAUACUGUGGAUCAGUUAGGUUAUAUUCACGUGAUUAUUCACUGAAAGUUAGAGUUACUGUGUACAUAAACAAACAGAAUUUAACAUGAAUGAAAUUUUGAAUAGCAAUUUUGAUGCUGUGUAUCCACGGAUAGAGAAUGCUAUAAACAAUGCAGCUUUCAUUGCGAUAGAUUCUGAAAUGUCAGGUAUACAUUCGGAGAAAGAUUUGAAAAAUAGUUUAUUUGAUACUCUCAAUGAUCGUUACAUAUCAUGGAAGAGAAACAUUCAGCAAUUCGUAAUUGUACAAUUUGGCAUUACAACUUUUUAUCGUGUUCCCUCUGAGAAUGCCUAUAAAGCGGACAGCUUUAGUUUUUACUUGUUUCCUAAAUCUAUUCCAUUAAAAAGUAGACAAUUGUCGUGGGAAGUGGAAGCGUUACAUUUCCUUUAUAAACAUGGCUUCGACUUUAAUAAAUUCAUACAAGAAGGUAUUCCGUACACCAACGAAAUAGAUGAGAAGUUACUACACGAUCACAUGGAGCAAGGCGAUGUAGAAAAUUAUUUAUCAUUUUUAUCCUACGACGAAGAAGAAAAUUUCAAAGAGUGCAAGAGCAAGGUUUGCGAAUGGAUUUCUAGUAAGUUAGAAAAUGCAUCGUUAAAGUUGGAAGUUAUCACUCCUAUGGUACAGUAUGUAUUACAUAAAGACUUAAGGAAUAAUUACAACAAUAUUUGGACUACGACAGACUAUAAAUCAAUAGAUGUUAUGAAAAUAUCAGGUAACGCGGAGGAUGAUUUGUUCAAGAAGGAUAAUUUGAAAGAAGUAGUGCUAGAUAUUUAUUUAGGUUUUUCCAAAGUAUUUAAACUUUUGGCCUCUAGUAAGAAAACGAUAAUAGGACACAAUAUACUUUUGGAUUUAAUGUUCAUGCAUCAACAAUUCUAUAAGCCACUACCAGAUUCGUACAAAGAAUUCAAAAGUAACAUACAUACAUUAUUUCCACAAAUAUAUGACACAAAAUUCUUAAGUUUUGAGUUGCGAAAAUUAUAUGGCAAGGAUGAAGUAAACUGGAAAGUAAAUUCACUGAAUAUAUUGUACGAAUAUUUUACAACUAAAGGACGAAUUACAACUUAUAAUUCACCAAAGAUUAUCUUUAAUGAAGAAUUUUCACGUAAUUUAAUUUUACGAUGACUUGUUAAACCCUAUUGUAUUACACGACAUCUUUUUCUCAUUUCAAACUAUAUUGUAGAUAAAAAGAAUUAUCAUAGCGCUGGGUGGGAUUCUUACUUUUGUGGAUAUGUAUUUGUGAAAAUGGCACAUAUAUUUUGUGUAAAGAAAUUUGGGACGGGUUUAGAAGAAAGGACAGCGUCCCAUUCUGAGUUAAUGAGCAGUGUAAAAGAUUUUAUAAAUUCUAUAAAUAUAACGAGAGGCAAUGAAAUGUAUAUGAAACUCGAUGGAGAAGAUCCAGUGUUAUCGAGACCAGAAUGGCUUCAUGUUAAGUUGAAGUCACCAUCUCUGGAUAUUAAGCAGUUAGUGGAGAAAUUCUCAUCUUAUGGUUCAGUGGACAUAAUGCCUUUUGCUCGGAGACGCGUUUUAGUAGCUGUCUCAAGCCACAAUACCGCGUCGGAGAUACUGCGGCAAUUCAAGAGCAGCGAGGAAUUACAGGUGACACGGUACAACCGCAUAAAACACGCGACGGCCAUGACCAUUUUUUUGUGGAGCGGAGCUGUUCUGUCCGGAGGUAUUCUUGCUUGGAUGUUAAAAAAUAUUUCUAAAACGUAUAUCAAACAGUAUUAAUAACGAGGAACAAUCCUUUUCGUUAUUUCCUUUUCGUAUUCGAACGUUACAAAAGUAAAGCCCAGUAACGAAACGAUAGUUCCAAUUGAUUUUCGUAUGGUAGGAGAUACAGAGUAAAAAUUCAAUUUUUUUUUUCCAUGCGAUCCAUCAGUAUAUCAAAUAAUUAUAUACACGUGUUAGAAGAUAAUGUCUUUAAUAUAUCUUUUUAUAUUAAGAAACUGGCUAAAUUGUUCGGUCAUUUGGCACCGUUUUUUAGUUGUCCUUGUAUUUAGACAACGAGUCUUACUAUACAAAGCGAACAGUGCAAUGUUACAAAUCGUACGCUAUAUAGUUAUCCGAAACUUACUUUAUGAAACCAUGUAACUAUAUAACGAAAGCAAAGUGCAUUAAUGAAACGAGCAUUAUACGUAAGAAACAAAAUCAUAGCUUUCCGUGCGGAUGGGACUGUAAUUCAUAGAUCAAGUUCUACCAAGAAGCCAGCAUUUCAAUACGUUCAUUGAUUACACCAUGAUUCUCUUGCAUAAGAAUCUAUAUAAGAGAUCAUGAAAGAAGAAAUGAAAAUAAGCAUCGUAAAAAUGAGAAAGUAAAACAAGCUUCGAUUGGAUUUCCAACUGGCCGGCCAACCCAGAAAGAGUGCCUCCGUCUCUGUCUUCCUUUCUUACGCUCGUACGCGACCACCAGCCGCAAAAUCUAUUUAAAUGUUAGAUCGAAAUCGCGAGUGGAAUCUUUGCGUGAGCUGUUAUUAUUAUUUCUCGUUCUGGUUUGUCGACGUUCCGGGCCAGAGCUCGUUUUCGUCAAGGAACCUAUUCACCGUUGUGCCAAACCUCCGUGCACUCGCGAAAAAUCCAAUUAUCCCUGGCUUUGCUGCGAACCAUUGCAAUUUCGAUAGGUCGUAUUUUCUUCUUUUUUUAUUCACACACACGCGUACACACGUGCACACAUACACACAUACAUAAGCGCGCGCGUCGUGAGAUAUUUGGAAAGUUCUUCGAUUAUGCUUUCUCUCGGUGUGUUGCACUCUUUCACAUUUUUUUACAAGUAGAAUGUUGCUCGAAUAUAGUUGAGCAUAAAGUUUAUCGUUGCUACGCACGGACUGAUUUAGGCUUGGAAAUUCUUAAAAGAAUCGGAUAUUGUAAAGAGAAUGAAGAUGUACGUACUGGCAAUAUUCGAGUGGUUAUGUACGAUUCUCGCACUAUUAAACGAAAACAAAGGGCAAAGAGUAACACGUGACAGGUUGUAUCGUAAAUUUCGUUGCAGUCUUGGCAAAUGGUCUGACAUUCAUACUCUAGAACAACGACUUGUUACUAUCAAACGACGUUCAAUCGUGUGUGUGGACUCCUUAAGCAAGCGGUAACGUAGGUAACAUUCAACAAAAUCUUACAGAGAAUCGUUUUCAAUUGUAUUUAUUAUAUUGAAUUAUUCUUUGCAGAAUGAAGAUGGAUAAGCAUGACGAACCAGGUGAUAUCGGCCCUCCUAACGACAAGGUAUCAUAGUACGAAACGAGACGAUGUUCUCGUUGCGAACUCGUUGCUGUUACUCGCGGAUCACUUUGUGCUACUUUGUGCUUAUCUUGAAAUCCUGAUGGCCAAGGAAGAGACCAAACGUUCCCCGAUAUUUCAAAAGUUUUCUCUGGCCGCCACCCAAGGCUAAAUCACUCGAAAUAACGCAGUAGCAAUUUGUGUAGGCGUGCUGCCGGACGGUCAGCCUGGUCACACUGGUGUCCGGUGGCAGGUGGAGCAGCUUUCGAGAUGGAUCUCACGCUCUGUCUCUUUGGGUUCUACUUCGACCGGUUAAACGACGAACAUAAAGGUCGCGAGCGCCAGCAACGAGGUCUAUGGAACUGGGUUAACCAAAUUCCCUAUUUUCUCGUCUCAUCGGGUACAAUUUGUAUUCGGAUCAUCCUUAGACUACUUGGAUGUUCCUUCGCAUCCUCUUGGGAAUCUACGUUGAUUACUAACCGUCGUUUUUCACCAGACAAAUGGAAACUUAACUCAUUGGUCGUUAAGGUAAUUUCCUUCUUACCGUUGCUCUUCUUUUGGUAGGUGCAUUUGUCUAGUACAUGGAAGAGGUGAAAGGUGAGGGCGUGUGAUAGAUACAAGACGACUAUUUGGUAACCUUGAGCGAUCGGCCGAUUCUACCGAGGCUAUAGCACGUACACUUCUCUCGGUAUAAUUCCUAGCUUUUAAUCUACGGAUUUUUUUCUAAAACGAGAAGCAAAUCGUCAAGAUGAAUUGUAAAUUUCAUUAGCCACUAAAUCUUUUGAAUAUUUGAUCUAAACCGACAGGGUAAUCGUGGGUCUCAUCUAAUCGUGGAUAAUCAUGGAGUCGCAAGUUCUCGAGAAACGGAGACCUUGUGAUCCUGAUUUUACAGAAGAAUUAAAAAAAAAAAAAAAAAAAAAAAAAAGAAAAGAAAAGAAGGCUUGAAAGAAACUCUCGAUAGUCGGUGACGAGGACCUACUUCGUAACUCGUGCACAAAGUGGAAAACGGUAUCACGUGGCUGCCCAAAAAUACGUCGAGAGGUGACUCGAUUCGAUCGCCUUCACCUAUCGGUCCGGCCAGGACGAGAGGCGAGUCGGUCGGACCGUUGAACGCACUGCCAGCAAAAAGAAGAGACGAUUGAAAAUACCCACACGUCGGCGUUCUGGUCUCACGGUUUCGAAAUCACUCGUGCAGCCGAGAAUCGUAGCGUUUCACGGGAGCACGGUGUGGGCCAGGCUGCGCUUUUGCUUUGGCAUGGACCGAGCACCUGUCGCGCGUCGCCGACGGUGGAAAUAGCCGUUUUCGACGGGGAGAAACGCGCGCCUGCGCUGACACAGAGUAACGCGAUUAUGUGGGUGCGCCGAGAUUAAUUGCUUCCACCGAUUACCCAAAUAAUUGUAAAUCGUUCGCGUCCCUACGAUCACAUCGGUGUAAUUAAGCUCUGUUCUGGAAACGCAACGAACGAAGGUUUCGUUGAUUCGGUUCUUUAAAGAACGUUGAUCUUUAUCCUAUACAAAUGACAGGGAAAUUGCGGGGAAAUGAAUGUUUCUUUGUAUAAGGAAAUUGGUAGAAGAUUGUUUUCUUUUGUCCAAGCAAAUUGAAAAUUUCGUGCAGGAAUAUUGGUGCCUAGUGUCGCUUUAAUUGUUUAAAAUUUGUUUGAGAAAUCUCGGAUAUUUUGCUUCUAUCUGUAUAAUUGUAAAAGCUAGAGAUUAAACUGUAAGAGAGGAAGCGAGAUAAACGGAUGGACGACUGGUGGAAACUAUCGAAUAUAAAGAAUAUUGCUCUCGAAAUGUCACAGAUAAGGGAAAUGGACGAUGAGAUGGAUUGAAGAGGUUCGAUUGAAGUGGCGGAAGUACGAAAAUCAUCUUUCUCCGACGGAGGGGUACUAGAGGUCCCAGCAGCUUCUUGUUCGAAACCUCUCUAGGACUAUUUUUGUCCAUAAGCUGAAUAGCGGAAAUAGCCUAGCCUAGCCCCUGGCCUAGAGCGUAGGCUUGACCGGCCAUAAUAGCGCCUCUUUCAAGGAUAUAUCGUGACGUCACGAUUUCUUUAGAGACAAAAGUCAGACGUCAGUGAUCACCUAAAUGACGUUUCUCUUUCGAUUAUGAAAUUUCACAUGCUAAUAAAUUAGACAGGGUUAUAUUAUUUUCUUUCGAAACGUAAAUGAAAAUUUCUUUAGAGUUAUAAUUAUCUUAUGGGUUAAACGCGAUCGUAUAUGUUUCUCUUCAAAUUCUAAUGGUACGCGAAUUUGUUACGUUUGUAUAUAAAUGUUGAUAAAGACAAGUAUCGUAUUAGACACCUUGGGGCGCGUUGUCUCGUCUCAGGAUGGCAGACGUAACGUCUUCUCCGAUCAAACCACACAAAAAUAAUCUAACGUUUUACAGAAGCAUGGAAUUAUAAAUACUUCUGAGCACAUUCGUCUUGUUUAAAUAGGCUUUGCUUCGUUCGGACCGUCAAUGAACAUUUUUAAUCUUUUACACGCUUUAAGUAAAAUCGUCGUAUAAUGUCCAUUCCUUCGUUCAUCCUCCAUUUAUUCCUUAAAUAAUCACAUUUUCUAAUUUUUUAAUCAUCUUUGCGAAAUAUGUUACGUAAUUAUUUUAAUGCAAAUCAAUCUCGAUACUUUCAAAGAUGGAAUCUAAUAAAGAGAAAUUUCUUUUAUUACAGAACACUAAA